UCUUGUGUUACCGUUUUGGUUUAUUUUUUAGCCAUUCCCUCCGAUGGAUUUAUCAUAGUUUUGUAAUAUUUUUUUUGUGUGUCCCGUGCGAAAUGCUUUGUUAUAUUACAAUUAUAAAAAUUUAUUUGAGCGUUCUUCACAAAGCAAAACAGUUGGACUCAAAGAAGACAAUCGGUUUUUAUCAUGACGCUCGUUACAGAAGGCUGGAAGUGCAAGAUGGCAAUGUGUCACAAUGAAGGUAGAGAACCGUCUUACCGUAGGCGGACUUCUGAAAUUUCCCCAGCAUGGAUGGAACUGGAUAAUGCAACGUCUCUUUACGUACGUCAGAAUGUCACUGAGGAGACUACAUCCAACCCACAUCUUGAUGUAAUUGCAUCCAGUCCAGACCUUCAAUGGCUUCUGCAGUCCUCAAUACCUUCCCAAUCAGAGACCAACUUGGAAACAUUGUCCCCAAUGAUACUGCCCGCCAUGCCUACCUGUCCCUAUUUGUCACAGAGCUCUAGUCUUGACCUGUCCUGUGUAGGAGCAGUGGGGGACAGUGUAGUAAGACACACUGAUAAACAUAUGUCCUCUGAGGAGCUUGAAAGGAUAAGGAUACGCAGGGAAAGGAACAGAGUAGCAGCUGCUAAAUGUCGGGAUCGUCGCCGUGUGCUUAUAGACACAUUACAGAACGAGACAGAUCAUUUGGAACGAGUAAAGACACAACUGGAGGAAGAUAUUGUUGCUCUUGAAAGGGAGAGAGACAAACUAGAGUUAGUCUUUGAGGCACAUAAGCCCUUUUGCAAGUUGAAUGACAUAAACCCAGAAUAAACACUAAUGCUGGUCCUGUUUAGUGGUGAGUCUGCUGGUUCAGACCAACCUUUUAUAAUAUAAGAAAGAAAUUACAAAUACAAAAUGCUAGAAUAUUUCCAUGUUACACUGAAUAACAGUA